GCCAAGGAUAGCAGCAUGCUAAACCGAGUGCGCUCAGCUGUAGCUCACCUGGUCAGCUCCGGGGGCCCAUCGGGGACUGGGUCCAAUGAGCUCCCUACCCCAGUGUCGCCCAACUCCGCUGCUCCCCCAUUGGCAGCCCGGAGCCCUGCGGCGGGGGCUGAAAGCGGGACCAGGGCAUCUGGGGGCGCUGUGGACCACCGGGGGAGUUUCUCUCGACCGACCUUCUUGCAGCUGAGCCCCGCGGGGCUAAGACGAGCCGAAGACCACGCUGGCCGGGUCGUGCAGAGCCCCCCGGACACAGGCCGCCGCCUGCCCUGGAGAACGGGCUAUGCCGAGGUCAUUAAUGCAGGCAAGAGUCGGCAUAAUGAGGACCAGGCAUGCUGUGAGGUGGUUUAUGUUGAAGGCAAACAGGCCAGGAUGGGUGGGCCAGGGAAAUCCACCAAGGACCAGGGCCACCAAGGGCUCUACUUCCACUACUGGGGCCUGUUCGAUGGGCAUGCAGGAGGUGGGGCAGCAGCAAUGGCCUCUAGACUCCUUCAUCGACAAAUUCGGGAGCAGCUUCGGGGGCUGGUGGAGAUCCUGCAGGACCCUGCUCCACCCCCUCUCUGCCUUCCAUCCACUACCGAGGCCUCUGUCUCCUUGGACCCCUCAUGCCCUGGUGGGUCUCAGCCAUGCUGGCCAUUGCAGAAAGAGGUGACCCAUGAGAGCCUAGUGGUAGGAGCCAUUGAGCAUGCCUUCCAGUUCAUGGAUGAGUACAUGGCUCGAGAGCAGAGGAGUCAGUAUGCAGUAGGGGGUUGCUGUGCCCUGGUUGUGGUCUACCUCCUAGGGAAGAUGUAUGUGGCCAAUGCUGGAGACAGCAGGGCUAUCAUUAUCCGAAAUGGGGACAUCAUUCCAAUGUCUCGGGAGUUUACCCCUGAGACGGAAAGACAGAGACUGCAACUCCUUGGCUUCCUGAAGCCAGAGCUGUUGGGCAAUGAAUUCACCCACCUCGAGUUCCCCCGGAGAGUUCAGCCAAAAGAGCUGGGUCAGCGAAUGCUGUAUCGGGACCAGAGCAUGACUGGAUGGGCCUAUAAAAAGAUUGAACUGGAAGAUCUCAGGUUUCCCCUGGUUUGUGGAGAAGGCAAAAAGGCUCGGGUAAUGGCCACUAUUGGAGUGACCCGGGGUUUGGGUGAUCAUAAUCUUAAGGUGUGCAGUUCCACUCUGCCUGUCAAACCCUUCCUCUCCUGUUUCCCAGAGGUACAGGUAUAUGACCUUACCCAGUAUGAACACUGCCCAGAUGAUGUGCUAAUCCUGGGUACAGAUGGAUUAUGGGAUGUCAGCAGUGACAAAGAUGUGGCUGCCACCGUGGACAAAGUACUGUCCAGCUACGAGCCCAACGACCCCAGCAGGUACACUGCACUGGCCCAAGCCUUGGUCCUGGGGGCCAGGGGCAUCUCCAGGGAGCAGGGCUGGCGGCUCCCCAAUAACAAAAUGGGCUCUGGCGAUGAUAUUUCUGUUUUCGUCGUCCCACUAGGGGGGCCCGGCAGCUAUACUUAAGAGACCCUGGUCCCCCUCCUCCCUCAGCUUCUUCAGAAUCCGGCUCCUCCCCAGCCCAGACCUUGCCGCUGGUUCCGUAAUACUCUUCCGUAGCCCUUUCACUGGCAGGGAUUGUCGGCUGCUUCUAUCAUACUCAGGACUGUGUGUAAAUAAA